AUCUUGACCUUAUCGUAUUCUCGAUCAAAUCUUCAUUCUUUGACAAACCCCGCGAUACAUACACGUUUCACACCAAAGUAUAUACGGAUAUACCAGAGAGACCAGAGGACAGGACAUCACCGUUAGCUCCAACGUUUGACCUUUCUCCGAAUCCGCCAUGGGAAUCGCCGGCAAUCUCACUCCCGACCAAAUCCAAUCCUUCAACUCCCAAGGUUAUCUUGUCCUGGAAUCGUUCGCGAGUCCCGAUGACAUCACGGCCAUGAGGACCAGGAUGGACCAGUUGCUCCGCGACUUUGACUGCUCCGGCACCGCCUCUAUUUUCUCUACCAAGAACCAGCAAAGUAAGACUGACAAUUAUUUCUACGAAAGUGUCGACAAGAUUUCGUUUUUCUUUGAAGAGAAAGCUUUUGGGGAUGAUGGAAGUCUAAAACAGUCAAAGGAACUUUCAAUUAAUAAAGUUGGACAUGCAUUACAUGAGCUUGAUCCGGUAUUCAGAAAGUUCUCUUACUCUGAGAAAGUUUCGGGUUUGUUAUCCUCCUUGGCAUACAAAAGGCCCGUUCCGGUUCAGUCUAUGUAUAUCUUUAAGCAACCGGGUAUUGGAGGCGAGGUAGUGCCACAUCAGGAUAACUCAUUUCUUUAUACCGAACCACAAACUUGCACAGGGCUGUGGCUGGCCUUGGAAGAUGCAACAUUAAUAAAUGGAUGCCUAUGGGCGAUUCCUGGAUCUCAAAAGGAUGGUCUUGUUAGGCGAUUUAUCAGAGGUGAAAACGGUGUGACCUUUGAUCGGCCUUCCCCUGCGUAUGAUCCAAAAGAUUUUGUGCCUAUUGAAGUCAAAGCUGGGUCCUUAAUUGUUAUUCAUGGUGAUCUUAUACAUCAAAGCUUCGAGAACCAGUCUUCAAAGUCAAGGCAUGCGUAUAGCUUACAUGUGGUAGAUACAGAUGGCUGCAAAUGGGCUCCAGAUAAUUGGAUUCGGCGGAAGGUGGAACCAGAACCCAUCUAUGUUUCUUAACUUGACCUGAGAGUCGAUCUCUAAGCUCGGUUUGUGGUUCUGCUGUUCUGCAUGCUGAUACAUGAUCACACAUCUAUCUCCUUUACAGCAGUUAUGGUCUCACUGUAAUUUAUAAUGCUAUCUGCGGUUUUAGGUUCGAACAAUGCAGAUUUCCAGUGUUGCAAUAUCUCCUACAAUAAACAAAGUUGUGAUAUACCAAUUCGGAUGGUCUGCAACAUGUUUAAAUUACAGAAGUUCAAUGCAAACUUAAACUUAUACGCUGA